AUGGAUGAUAUGCCUCCAUCAGAGCCUGUUAUUGAUAACAAUCAUGUUGUGGAGAGCCUUUGGCAUCAUCCAAAUCAACUAUCUGGAGAAAUGGUCCUGCAUAUGAGAGAUAUUUUCAUCUUCUUAGCUGAUUCAUCCAAGCUUUCUUCUUCAGAGUAUUUGGUCUCACCAGCUUCACCUCACUUAAGGGGUCCCUUAGGAGGUGGUGCAUAUGAUCCAUAUGGAAUCUCUUGCAAAGUCAACUGGACAUGUAGUCUUGGGACCUAUAAAAAGCAGUUGAAAUUGCUUGUUAAGCAGUUGGCCAGAGUAGAUCCAUCUCAAAUGAGUUACAACGAGAAGCUGGCAUUUUGGAUUAACCUUUAUAAUGUUUUGAUUAUAUAUGGAAUUUUGGCAAGAAGAAGGUCUCAGACCUCAGUUUCUGACCAUCCUCAUUUGGAUUCCAAAGAAACAAUAUCAAACUACUUUGACCAAAUUCUAACAGCUCGGCAUGAUGACAUGCAGGCUGUCUACACUGGUGAAGGACUCUCAGUGAGUGCAGCUGAUGUAGAAUGCACUGUUCUAAAAAUGAAUCUGGCUACAUAUCGACCACAAAUUGCUCCGGUUCUUGCACUUAAGAAAUUCAAAGCUUCUGACGAGCAGCUGAAGUAUACAAUUGAUCAUCCUGAGCCUCUUCUAUGUUUUGCUUUUAAGUUUAUUUUGAGUGUUUCUUCACUUAUAAAAGUAUUGGAAUCCACUAAUUUUGUUGAGAAUUUGGUGAAGACUUUCAGGCCUGAAAAUGUGAACAAGUUGCUAAAAGAGUGGAUGAAAGAUUGCAUUCAGGCAUCUGUUGGAGUUGUCGAAGACUCACUUUUACCCGAUUGGAUUUGUCAAUUCUUAUUGCCACAGCAACCAUCCAUGGUUAGAGAUUGUUUAUCAGUUAAUAAGUGUAGGCUCCUUGGUGCUCAAAGCUUCUCUGUCCCACCUUUUGAUUCAAGGUUUCGCUUUCUCUUCCUAUUGGAUGCAACUUCAUUACCUCUACAUCAUAAGACCACCCACCCUUCAAAAGUUCUAGGAAAGAUGUAA